CGCAAAGGUCCUAUGGGCCCACCCGCCCCAGUGACUGCGUCUGCGACGCAGAGCUUAUUCGCCACCAUUCUAGCGCCGCCGCCGGCCAAACGGCCGCGCACAAUUCAUAAUCCCCAUGAUCCCCCGUCCCUGCACCCGCGAAACCUCAAGCACCGUCCCCUUCACGCAAAGGCGGCAAGACAUCUCGUACCACAGAGAGCACGUCCGGCAAGUCGAAGGGUAAGAGAGGUGCUCGGGAGAAGAGCGGCGGCGGCAAGGGCAAGGGGAAACAGCAGAGCAGUACUGCGGAUAUGGAUAUUGACAUGCAGGCUGCGGCCACUCUAACGUCGUUGCUGCUUUCGUCGAGGACCUCGAUAUCUCAGGCCGCGUCCUCACCGCGAUCGAGUAUAUCGGCUGGCUCCGACGCAGGGUCGUCCCAUUCGUUCCCCCACUUUCAACAGAGCUCUGCACGCACCGCUGCUGGGCCAGCUUCGGUCAGGUCGGAGGCAUCCUUUGGCAUGUCGCAGCCCCGUUCAGGCACUCCAGCAUCAACUGCUGACUCCGCAAUCCAUUAUGACCAUUCUCAAUCAAGUAAUACACACGAGGAGGGAAGGAGUACGCCAAAGACGAGUAGGCGGCCUAUGUAUCCGUCCGAUCAUUCGGGCACGCCUCACCCGCCCACUGAUGCCGAAGCUGCGAACUCGCUGCUCUUCCUGGCAACUUCACCAUCGCCCGUGCGCGCCUCCGCGGCUCGUGACCGUGACAACAAAGACGCGGCGGGCUUCCGCGCCCUAUCAUCCGGCUCUGGCCUCAAGGGACGCGUUCUGUUCCCUACACAUGGCGGCGGGACCGGGGGCGGUGGAGAUGAUGCGUCGAGCGGUGGCGGGAGGGCAUUGCGUAGAGAAGACACUGGCAGCUUCACGUCAAACGCGUCGACCACCUCCAGUCAGUUCUCGUUGGGCAGCAUGACGCACAUAUACAACAGAUACACGCAGAGUGGCCAGGCGUCGGGCUCGCCGAUGAACACAAGUCCGAAUGCUGGAACACCGAAUCCGUCACAAUCCUCUGUGCCCAAGGAACCGACUGUUACUCCGCCCACCCCGACAGAGCCUGGUGCGCCUUCCCUGCUGCCUGCGGCGCCGUCCCCCACCCGCACCGACCGUUCAUACGCGUCUCCACCUCCAGCCUCGCCUGAGCCGCAGCCAGAGUCUGCGCGUGUACGGGCUGUCAAACAGCCGGCCGACAGCACACCGGGCAAUGGCUCAUUCAACCUGAGCGACUUCAUCAAUGUCUCGCCGUCACCUGCGGUUGCUGCUGGAUCUAUGUCGCGGUUAGGGUCGAUGACGGAUGUCGGACGCAGACUAUUCGAGGAGCACCAUGCGGCCCCGGGUGCGCCCCGGAGUAGCGAUACGGGGGCGUCUGGAGCCGAAGGAGGGUUGGCGGCCGGGAUCGAUCUUCCACGGACCUGAGGGCGCGUGUGGGACGUCGUCCCAGAGUGGUUGUGAUGCCGCCAGUCCCUGUCUAUAGCCGAUGUAUAGCCGACUCUACGUCGAGGAAGGACUUCGUGCUGUACGAGUUCAAACGUUCACUAAACACCGGACCCUCAACUG